CAGUAGAGAGUGGACAUGUCAAUAGACACUAAUGUAAAAGAGACAGCCAUGGACGUGGCGCGGGGAGGUCUGCUAUUAGAGAAUGCCACUGCAAUCAAAUGUCACGCGUGCAUUAGCUCUUAGCAGUAAACACGUUUUUGUUCCGCUUGUUUUGUGUCUAGUUUUAACCUUGAAUCAUCAUUUUGGGCCUAUAUUCAGCUCCCGCGGUUAAUUAGAAAAUGCCUCUUGUACAGAAUCAACAAGCCGGAAUAAUUUUGACAGAAACUCCUAUAGGAUCAUUCAAACAGAGGAAACGGAAGUCCAUCAUGGUCACUAUGAUGUUGCUCAUUGUGUCUGUACUCAUCCUUAUCUUUGGACUGGCAGCCACCACCAGGACACAGAACAUCACAGUCGGUGGCUACUACCCUGGAGUCAUUCUGGGCUUUGGCUCCUUUCUGGGAAUCAUCGGAGCCCAUCUGAUAGAAAACAAGAGGCAGAUGCUGGUGGCGUCCAUUGUGUUCAUCAGUUUUGGAGUGGUGGCUGCCUUCUGCUGUGCCAUUGUGGAUGGGGUGUUUGCAGCCAGACACAUAGACCUUAGACCUUACUAUGCCGGCCGCUGUGAUUUCUACACCAAUUCAAAAUCCUCUGUGGAUUAUGAAGACGUUCACUGCCAGACAGCAUCCCGUGCAACCUGUAACCUACGUGUGAAAUCCAAUACCUGCUACUGCUGUGACCUCUACAACUGUGGCAAAGAACAUCCUCUUUUGGGACAUGCGAAUAAAGAUGUUUUGAAAAAGUUUAGGAAAACGUCCAUGAUUUGGAACCGUGUGGAGCUGAUGGGGGGCUACCACGAGUACACGGAGGUGGGGAGCUGCGAGGAUGUGGUGCACCUUUAUCACCUGCUGUGGUCCGUCACCAUCCUCAACAUCAUCGCUCUUUUCCUGGGCAUCAUCACCGCCGCCGUGCUGGGAGGCUUCAAGGACAUGACGCCCAUGCUGACCCCUGACUCGUGUGAGUCAGAGCCCCUCCCAGCAGCCCCUGUCUCCACAGAGCUUCCAGCUCCCAGCACCUCCUCCUUCAACUGCUACUACAGCAAUGCCCCCUACCUGCCACCCUAUACUGCCUACGACCUGCAGGGCUCCAGUAUGAUGUUCCCAGACUCUUCUGGCCUGUCUGAUGAGUCCCAGUCGGGGGCCAGCCACAUGUGGUCCUCCUUGGUCCCCCCGUGCUACUCUCCACCUUACUGCCCACCCGACGAGAAGCCCCCGCCAUACAGCCCCUAGGAGAGAGGCUGGAACUGGGAAAGAACAGGGGAGGACAUCCGGUAUCAUCUCCUCUUUUGCCAGCUACAUUGGCAACAAAGGGCAAUGGGUAUUGAUGGGUGUUAGUGGACCUUGAAUAUUAACUUGUUUGAACGCGAGCUGCUGCUGCAUCUGGUGCUCCAAACUGUUCCUGAGCAGCCAAGCCUGCCUGAGCUGUGUGGAAUAUAAAGAUACAAGGAGUUAGUGGAAGAAAGAAAGAGCAUGAGUCACUGAUGUGACUAGAAGCCAGUGCUGUGAGGUUUAAUUCAUCCCCCAGUAAGCAUAGCCUGUUAGGAUUCAGCCAAACCUGGAUGGAGUGGGGGGUAUAGCAAGACCCUGCUUGGCCUACACCCCCUUUUCUCAGCAGACUCUCUCAGUUGGUGCCAGUUUGCUCCCUAACUCUUCCCCUUGGCCCUAACUCUUCCAUGUCUGUAUUUCUAAGGGGUCUGGAUAACUAUAAGCAGCGUAGUGGGGGAAGCAACAUCCUAUCGUUUACACCUUACAGGUCUGCACACAUCAAAGGGUUAUUUGAUUUGAUGUCAUUAGGAUCCCCAUUAGCCGACACCAAUGGUGACAUCUAGUCUACCUGGGAUCCGACACACAACGAAAAAAUACAUUACAGGCAAAAAUACUAUAAUUUACAUACAUUUAAAAAUAUUAACACUAGCUAGGUUUCCAUCCCAUUGAGGACAGAUUUUCAUGCAAAUAUUCUAGAAUCCGCAUAAAGAAAACAUGCGCAUUUUCCCAUCAGUGGUGUAUUUCCACCAAAUAGACUUGUUGCGCAUAAAAAUCAGUGCGUGAUGACAAUUUACUUUUUCACAUAAGUUUUCAUGUACAGAAAACAUUUUUUUAAGUUCAAUGUGUUUCCAUCGCAUUUUUAACUUUACUUACUACUAACACUGUUGCGUUAAUGUGCCUACUCUGGUAUUGGCAGUGUGCUCUAGCCAACAACUCACAGAUACAGUGUGGGUAGGCUGUGCAGGUAGUCUAAAAUUAUAAGAUUAUUAUGGAUAAGAGCAAGACUAUUUUUAUUUGUCAAAUGGCAUUUAAGCAUCGAUCCUCAUGACACCAGAAAAGGACCCUCGAUAGUUAUUGGAAAGGAGCAACAAGAUCACUUUGUACUUUCAGCACCCUGUGAAGUUCAUCACAACAUAUUUCAUCUGUAGCCUAAAAACUGCAUGGUUUCCCGAGUUGUAGUGGGAGGAUUACACACCAUAUCAUAGCAUGACUCCAAGUUUACUUUGAUAUAUUUGCGCAUAAAGGUGUUACCACUGCCUUUUCUUGCCUAAUUAAUUGUACAGACACAAAAAGAUCCCACCAUGUCGAACAAACAAAUGAUCUGUCGGUGUUUAUAAAAUUGUACUGAAACAUCCUGUUUCCUUCACAGCUGUCAUGAUUGUUUUUUGUACGGUAUGACUUUAUCCGCAUAAAAACUGCGGAUGGAAACGUGGUUAGUGACAUUACAGACUUAAAUAUAAACUACAAAUAAGGACACAUUUAAUAAAACUUAAGAAUAAUAAUGUGUGGGUGUGUGUAGAGUGUGUAGAGUGUGUGUGUGUGUGUGUGUGUGUGUGUGUGUGUGUGUGUGUGUGUGUGUGUGUGUGUGUGUGUGUGUGUGUGUGUGUGUGUGCGUGCAUGUGCAUCGAUCAGUUACACAUACAUGUCAGUACAUACACACAACAAGGUCACAUGGGGGAGAGGUGUUGCUUUAUUUGUUUUUGAUAUCAAGUUUGCGGUUCACUUUAGCAAUAUGAGAGGGAAGGGAGUUCCAUGCAAUCGUGGCUCUAUAUAAUACUGUAUGUUUCCUUUAAUUUGUUCUGGACCUGGGAAAUGUGAAGAGACCCCUGGUGGCAUGUCUGGUGGUGUAAGUAUUUCUGUCAGAGCUAUAUGUACGUUGAUUAUGCAGACAAUUUAGCAUUUUCAACACAUUAAUAUUUCUGACAAAAACAAGAACUGAUGCAGUCAAUCUCUCCUCUAUUUUGAGCAAAGAGAGACUGACGUGCAUACUGUAGACAAUUGCCCUCAGAGUACAUUGAAGGGCAAGACGUGCUGCAGGGGCCAGCUGCAACUUUUCUAGGUUCUUCUUUGUAGCACUUGACCAUAUCACCGGGCAAUAGUCAAAAGAUUAGAUAAAAUUGGGCUUUUGGUUGACUGUGAGUUUAAAAAUUCUGAGCAUCUCUUUAUCACAGACAGACCUCUCCCCAUCUUUACAACAAUUGAGUCAAUAUGUCUUGACCAUUACAAUGUAUAAUCUAGGGCGACACCGAGAAGUUUAGUUUCCUCAACUUGUUCAACAGCCACAUAAUUCAUUACCAGAUUCAGCUGAGGUCUAGAACUUACGGAAUGAUUUGCACCAAAUAUGUGUUAUGGCUUUACAUCCUAUGGUAAAGAAUGUAAAGCCAUAACACAUACGUUUAUCCAACAACAGGCUAUGGUCAAUAAUAUUAGAGGUUGUUCUGAAGUCUAACAAUACAGCUCCCACCAUCUUUUUAUUAUCAAUUUCUUUCAGCCAAUCAUCAGUCAUUUGUGUCAGUGCAGUACAUGUUGAGUGCCUUUCUCUGUUGUUAAUUAGAUUACAGAGAAAUAGCAUUGUAUUUGGUCAAACACCAUUUUUUCCUGAAGUUUGCUAAGAGCUGGCAGAAAGCUUAUUAGUCAGCUGUUUAGAACCAGUAAAGAAUGAUUUACCAUUCUUGUGUAGCAGAAUGACCUUCCUCAGUAGUUUUCCAUCUAAUUUGUCAAUGCCAGGUCGUUUCUCAUUAUUGAUGGAUAACAAUUUUUCAACCAUAAAUAUGAUGGCUCACAGUCUGUUUUGGGCAUGAGUUUGUCAACUCUGCCAAUGAAAUACUCAUUAAAAUAAUUGUCAAUUUCAAAAGGUUACAGCCAAGGGGAAGGGGUAGGAGCGAAUUGGGAUUGGCUGUAGUGUAUCAAAAACAAGCUGACCUUUCUUAAAAUGCCAGGACUGUCUACAGAUGUGCCUUAUCCAUAUCUGUCAACUCAAGAGAAGCACUAGUUAUCCUGGCCAGAUGAUAAGCUCACCUCAAACAAUGUGCUCUCCUCCUUGGACAAUGUGGUCUCCUCCUUGGACUAUGUGGUGUCUUCCUUGGACAAUGUGCUCUCCUCCUUGGACAAUGUGCUCUCCUCCUUGGACAAUGUGCUCUCCUCCUUGGACAAUGUGCUCUCCUUGGACAAUGUACUCUCCUCCUUGGACAAUGUGCUCUCCUUGGACAAUGUGCUCUCCUCCUUGGACAAUGUGCUCUCCUGUAAUGUACUCUACAACAUCAUUAUCACCCCAGUACAAGAAAUAUCAGCUGUAACGGUGCUUGGAUUUAUGUAAAGGUACACAAUUUUCUCUAGUAGUGCAAUUGAAAAUGAAGGUAUUGAAGAAUCGAUACUGAAGAUCACAGUUCACCCUAUUAAUCUAGCUCACAGUAUUGUUGUUAUAGAAAGGUCACAGUUCACCCUAUUAAUCUAGCUCACAGUAUUGUUGUUAUAGAUAGGUCACAGUUCACCCUAUUAAUCUAGCUCACAGUAUUGUUGUUAUAGAUAGGUCACAGUUCACCCUAUUAAUCUAGCUCACAGUAUUGUUGUUAUAGAUAGGUCACAGUUCACCCUAUUAAUCUAGCUCACAGUAUUGUUGUUAUAGAUAGGUCACAGUUCACCCUAUUAAUCUAGCUCACAGUAUUGUUGUUAUAGAUAGGUCACAGUUCACCCUAUUAAUCUAGCUCACAGUAUUGUUGUUAUAGAUAGUUCACCUUAAUACUAUACCUCACAGUAUUGUUGUUAUAGAUUGUGAACAGGGUUAUAGCAGAGCAAAUAAUGAGAACAUACUCUAAGUCUGUUUGUUGUAAGGGGUGGAUUAGGGGGAAUCUGAAACAUAAAUUGUCACUCCGAACGUUAUGUAAUGUAUUUUAUAAAUUGCAAAGGGACUGGCUAAACACAAACCUAUUCUGUUUCUUUCUAGGUGUGAUAUAACAGGCUUUUACACUUGAAUAUAGCAAAAAACAGCGUUGUGUGUUGUAUCUUAAUCACAAUAUGCAUAGACCUCAAAGUAAAGAGCAGCGUCUUGAGAUCAUCGAUUAAAGUAAUCAGCUUUGUUUUUGCAUAAUUUUUUUGAACAACACUUUCUCAACAGCUGAAGAUGUACUUCUGCUGACUGGAGUGGAUUGAUUGUCUCGCCAUUAAAAAUGUUUUUGGUGAAAGAA